UUUCACCCGUUUUGAUUUUGUUGUUUCUUACCGUCCUGGCUCCAAGAAUGUAAAACCUGACGCCCUCUCUCGGCAGCAGGAACUUAUAGUGAAGGAUCAACAUCCAAGAACAGUCAUACCGGCAUCCUGCGUUCUAGGUGCCCUCACUUGGCGGUUGGAGAGGGACAUCAAGGCUGCUCAGGCGCAGGACCCAGACCCAGGACCAUCUCAUUCCUACGCCGACGGUUCUGGUGGCCCAGUCUAGCAAGGGACACCCGGGAGUUUGUUUCUGCCUGCACAGUCUGUGCCCAGAAUAAGACCACCAACCAACCUCCUGCUGGGCUCCUACACCCUUUACCAGUCCCGAGCCGUCCUUGGUCCCACAUUGCCCUGGACUUCGUCACCGGUCUGCCGUCCUCAGCUGGCAGGACGGUCAUCAUGACAGUGGUGGACCGGUUUUCGAAGGCAGCCCACUUUGUGGCCUUGCAGAAGCUGCCUUCGGCCGCGGAGACUGCCAAACUCAUCACUGAUCAUGUUUUCCGGCUGCAUGGUAUUCCGGUGGACCUGGUCUCGGACCGGGGUCCACAGUUCAUUUCCCAGGUGUGGAGGUCCUUCUGUGCAGCUUUCGGUGCCACUGCCAGUCUCUCCUCAGGGUUCCAUCCUCAGUCUAACGGGCAGGCUGAGAGGACCAAUCAGGACCUCGAGGCGUCCCUCCGAUGCAUCUGCUCUCGUCACCAGCUCCAUGCUUCCCUGGGUGGAGUAUGCCCACAACUCCAUGACCUCGUCUGCUACUGGUAUGUCUCCUUUUGAGUGCUCCCUGGGUUAUCAACCUCCUUUGUUCCCGGAGCAGGAGACAGAGGUGGCGGUACCAUCCAUCCAACACCUUUACCGCCGCUGCAGAAGAGUCUGGAGGGAGGCGCGUGCCGCACUGCUUCGCUCUUCCGCAACCAACAAGAGGCUGGCUGACCGGCACCGCCGCCCAGCCCCCGCCUACGCGCCAGGUCAGUCAGUCCUCCUCUCCACUGCUAAUAUCAAGUUGCGGACAGAGUCGAGGAAGCUCUCCCCCAGGUACAUCGGACCUUUCCAGGUGGUGAGGGUGAUUAACCCCGUGGCGGUCCAGUUACGCCUACCACAAACCAUGCGGAUCCAUCCAGUUUUUCACGUGUCUCAGCUUAAGCCACACAUCACGAGUCCCCUGCAUCCGUCCCCCACACCACCACCGGCGCCUCGCAUCAUCGAUGGUCAGCCCGCUUGGACCUUCCGGCACAUAAUGGACGUCAGACGGAGAGGACGGGGCUUCCAAUACUUGGUGGACUGGAAGGGGUGUGGGCCUGAAGAACGGUCCUGGGAACCGUCGUCCCGUAUUCUGGACAAGGACAUGCUCCGGGAGUUCCACCGGCGGUACCCUCACAAACCUGGUGGUGCGCCCAGGGGCGCCCCUUGAGGAGGAGGUACUGUUAGGUACCAGGAGGGGCCA